AGUAAGUCUUUAAUCUCGCCACCAGGUUGGGGCCUUGAACCCCCUCCAGCUGUCCUCCGCCACCACUAUCCACCUCCGAAAUCCCCAAAACACCCCUCUUCUAAAUGCAAAGCCAGAUAUUUAGAAGCCUCCACUGGGCCAGAAUCUCGUCCCCAUUCUCCCCUUUGUUACCACGCCACAGUCUCCCUAGUCAACUCGAUUUCCGGCAUAAAAAGCUUAGAAGGAAUAAUUCCAGGACAAGAGAGUGGAACCGUAGGAGUGGAAGCAGUGGGGGUAGAUCUAGGGCGAUGCCGUCUUCUUCAAUAGACACAGGGAGCAGCGCUUACGGUGGUGGCGACGAAGGUGACGGGAAGAGUCGUCUUCGCAAUUUCAAGCUAAACGAGUCGACGUUCUUGGCCUCUCUAAUGCCGAAGAAGGAGAUUGGUGCGGACCGCUUCAUUGAAGCUCAUCCGGAGUACGACGGCCGUGGCGUCAUCAUUGCAAUCUUUGAUUCUGGUGUAGAUCCUGCUGCUGCUGGAUUGCAAGUUACCUCAGACGGGCAGCCAAAAAUCCUGGAUGUCAUUGAUUGCACUGGAAGUGGAGAUGUUGACACCUCAAAAGUGGUGAAGGCUGAUGGAGAUGGGUGUAUUCGUGGAGCUUCAGGGGCAUCUCUGGUCAUCAAUUCUUCAUGGAAAAACCCAACUGGUGAGUGGCAUGUUGGCUGUAAAUUGGUGUAUGAACUGUUUACAGACACACUGACUUCUCGAAUAAAGAAAGAAAGAAAGAAAAGAUGGGAUGAAAAAAUUCAAGAGGAGAUUGCUAAAGCUACAAAGCAUAUUGAUGAAUUUGACCAGAAACAUGCCAAAGUGGAGGAUCCUAAAUUGAAACGAAUACGUGAAGAUCUCCAGAAUAGAUUUGACAUCUUAAAAAAGCAGGCUGAUAACUAUGAUGAUAAAGGACCUGUAAUAGAUGCUGUUGUGUGGCAUGAUGGAGAAGUAUGGAGGGUUGCUCUUGACACACAGAGUCUUGAGGAUGAACCUGGUUGUGGGAAGCUGGCUGACUUUGCGCCCCUAACUAAUUAUAGGAUUGAAAGGAAGUAUGGUGUUUUUAGCAAACUGGAUGCCUGUACAGUUGUUGUUAAUGUGUAUGAUGAGGGAAAUAUCUUAAGUAUGGUAACAGAUAGCUCACCUCAUGGUACUCAUGUUGCUGGCAUUGCUACUGCUUUUUACCCAAAGGAGCCUUUGUUAAAUGGAAUUGCACCUGGUGCACAGCUAAUUUCAUGUAAAAUUGGGGAUUCACGCUUAGGUUCAAUGGAGACAGGAACUGGCUUGACACGGGCAUUGAUAGCAGCCGUGGAACAUAAAUGUGAUUUAAUCAAUAUGAGCUAUGGAGAGCCCGCAUUGCUACCAGAUUAUGGGCGAUUUGUUGACCUUGUUAAUGAGGUGGUUAAUAAGCACCGUUUGGUAUUUGUGAGUAGUGCUGGUAAUAGUGGGCCAGCAUUGAGUACUGUAGGAGCUCCUGGUGGUACCUCUUCAAGCAUCAUAGGUGUUGGUGCAUAUGUCUCUCCCGCAAUGGCUGCUGGUGCUCAUUCUGUAGUUGAACCUCCAUGUGAAGGGCUGGAGUACACUUGGUCGAGUCGAGGGCCAACAGUUGACGGAGAUGUUGGAGUCAGUAUAAGUGCUCCUGGUGGGGCUGUUGCCCCUGUUCCUACUUGGACUCUUCAAAGACGCAUGCUCAUGAAUGGAACAUCAAUGGCAUCUCCUUCUGCUUGUGGAGGAAUUGCAUUACUUAUUAGUGCAAUGAAGGCUGAGGGAAUUCCUGUGAGCCCAUACAGCAUAAGGAAGGGCAUUGAGAAUACAUCUGUUCCUGUAGGUAGUCUUCCUGAGGAUAAGCUAACGACUGGAGAAGGUCUCCUGCAAGUUGAUAAGGCAUAUGAAUAUAUACAGCAAUCCCGGGAUUUUCCCUGUGUUUGGCAUCAAAUAAAGAUCAAUCAAUCUGGAAAAACUUCUCCUAUAUCACGUGGUGUCUACCUAAGAGAGGCUACUGCUUGCCAACAGUCUACUGAGUGGACAGUUCAAGUUGAACCUAAGUUUCAUGAAGAUGCGAGUAACUUAGAAGAACUGGUUCCCUUUGAGGAGUGUAUUGAAUUACAUUCUAGUGAUAGCACAAUUGUGAGAGCUCCUGAGUACCUUCUCCUUACUCAUAAUGGACGUUCAUUCAACAUAGUUGUUGAUCCUUCCAAUCUUAGUGACGGUCUGCACUAUUAUGAAGUCUACGGAAUUGAUUGCAAAGCACCAUGGCGUGGUCCUCUUUUCAGAAUCCCAGUUACAAUAACAAAGCCAACAGCUGUAAAGAAUCGACCACCCUUAGUUUCAUUCUCGAGGAUGUCAUUUCUGCCAGGCCACAUAGAACGAAGGUAUAUCGAAGUUCCACUUGGUGCAAGUUGGGUUGAGGCAACUAUGCAGACAUCAGGGUUUGAUACUACUAGACGAUUUUUUGUUGACACUGUGCAGAUUUGUCCCCUACAAAGGCCUAUGAAGUGGGAGAGUGUUGUAACAUUUUCCUCUCCGACGGCCAAAAGCUUUGCCUUUCCUGUGGUAGCUGGCCAUACAAUGGAACUAGCUAUAGCCCAGUUUUGGUCAAGUGGCAUGGGAAGUCAUGAGACAACUAUUGUAGAUUUUGAGAUUGUCUUUCAUGGAAUUGGUAUCAACAAAGAAGAAGUCAUACUUGAUGGAAGUGAAGCACCCAUCAGAAUUGAUGCUGAAGCACUCUUGGCAUCUGAGAAACUUGCUCCUGCUGCUGUCUUAAAUAAGAUCAGAGUUCCUUAUCGACCUUCUGAGGCCAAACUUUGCACCCUUCCUUCCAACCGUGACAAAUUACCCUCUGGGAAACAGAUACUAGCAUUGACACUAACUUACAAGUUCAAAUUGGAAGAUGGAGCAGAAGUUAAACCUUAUAUUCCAUUGCUUAACAAUCGUAUAUAUGAUACCAAAUUUGAGUCUCAAUUUUAUAUGAUUUCUGACACAAACAAGCGUGUGUAUGCCAUGGGUGAUGUUUAUCCAAAUUCUUCAAAACUUCCAAAGGGUGAUUACACUCUGCAGUUGUAUCUAAGGCAUGACAAUGUGCAAUAUUUGGAAAAGAUGAAGCAGUUAGUGUUGUUUAUAGAAAGGAAUUUAGAGGAAAAGGAUGCUAUUCGAUUAAACUUUUUCACUGAACCUGAUGGCCCUGUGAUGGGAAAUGGUGCCUUCAAAUCCUCUAAUCUAAUUCCAGGACAAAAAGAAGCAUUUUAUGUGAAUCCACCUACCAAAGAUAAGCCACCAAAGAUUUCUGCACAAGGAGCCAUGUUGGUGGGGGCAAUAUCAUAUGGAAUGCUUUCAAAUGCUGGUCAGGAUGAAGGAAAAAAUCCACAAAAGAAUCCUGUAUCUUAUCCAAUCUCCUAUGUAAUACCAUCAAAUAAGCUUGAUGAGGACAAGGGUAAAGGUUCUUCUCCAUCUGGCACUAAAACUGUGGCUGAACGUUUGGAAGAAGAGGUUCGAGAUACAAAAAUAAGGGUUUUAGGAAGCCUGAGGCAAGACACUGAUGAAGAUCGUUCAGAAUGGAAAAAGUUAGCUUUUUCCCUAAAGGUCAGAAGCUCCCUCUCUCCCACCUGUUUCACCUCUCCCGUGUUAUUGGAUGGGUUUGGUUUUGGGAACUUGGUCUUACAAGGUAACCUAGUGAUUAUCACAAUAGAAUCUGAAUACCCAAAACACACUGCAUUGCUUGCAAAGAUCUUGGAAGGUUUGCUUUCUCAGGGAGAUGGUGGGGAUAAAAUUCAGCAUAAUGAAGAGGUUAUAAAUGCAGCGAAUGAGGUCAUUCAAAGUAUUGACACGGAUGAAUUGGCAAAGUUCUUUUCACUUAGAAGUGAUCCAGAAGACGAGGAGGCAGAGAAAACUAAGAAGAAAAUGGAAACAACUCGUGAUCAAUUGGCUGAGGCACUUUACCAGAAGGGACUAGCACUGGCCGAGAUUGAAUCUUUAAAGGGUGAGAAAGCUUCAGCCCUGGCUGCAACAGAAGACACUAAGGAUGCUGGCAAAACUGAUGAUCAGUCUGCACUAGGCUCUGGUACACAUCCAGAUUUGUUUGAGGAGAACUUUAAGGAGCUGAGGAAAUGGGUAGAUGUCAAGUCCACUAAAUAUGGGACCCUCUUUGUGCUGCGUGAGAAACGUGGUGGAAGGCUUGGAACUGCACUCAAGGUGCUUAAUGACAUGAUUCAAGAUGACAGUGAGCCUCCAAAGAAGAAACUCUAUGAAAUGAAGCUUUCUUUGCUUGAUGAGAUUGGGUGGAAUCAUUUAGCGACCUAUGAGAGACAAUGGAUGCUCGUACGCUUCCCAACUAGCCUGCCUCUGUUUUAAGGUUAGCUCAAUUUAACAAGACCACCAGGUCUGUGGUUCCAGGUUUGCUUCAUAAUCAGACUGAAAAUUGAACGAAUUGUUUCUUAUUAUUUUCAUAAUAAAACAGACAUCUUUGU